AGCAAUGGCGGCUAGUAAGAAGUAUUUCUUGAGUUUGUUUGGACGGAAUUUUCACCAUGUUCUUUAUCAAUCUCGACUCCCUCAUUUAAUGAGACCAAAUAUGCGCUUAUUAUCCGACAAAAUAAUCGACAGUUCAGACACAGAGCCACCCAUACCAGUGUACAAAUCGCCUCAAAACGAACCGGUCGAUCGCAAACGAGCAAGAUUACUCUACCAAAGCAGGAAGCGUGGAAUGCUGGAAAAUGGACUCCUGUUGAGCACAUUUGCAGAUAAGCAUUUAGAUGGUCUGAAUGAUAACCAGCUGGAUCAGUAUGACAAGCUGAUAAAUGAACCUAGCAAUGACUGGGAGAUAUACUACUGGAUGACAGACAAGAAACCUACACCUACAGAGUAUGAUAAUCCAGUUAUGGAAUUGCUUAAGAUCCAUGCAAAGAAUGAAAAUAUGGAAGAACGUAUCAGACAACCAGAUCUUCAAGCAAAGUAAUCACCAUGAAAAGUCUUUGACAGAGUAUUCUCCCUCUUAUUCCUUAAGAACCACUGGGGAUUUUUACAAACUCUUGCAUUGCUGUUCUUUGAAUCAGUAAAGCCUGUAACAGUUAUUUGGGUUACUUUGGAAGUUGUAAAGGCUCAAGGAACAAUUCAUCAGAAAUUGUGAGGUUUUGAACAACAAAACACUGUUGCUCAUGCAAGAGAAUUACCACAACCUUAACAAAGGGUGGUAAAAAAAUUUGUUCCUCAGACAUCCAUGACAAAUCUGAAAGUAACAACAUUUGUUAUAACAAGGGAGAAAUUUAACAUUAAGUUUUGAGUUAGGUGUUUUUGUCUAUCCCUUUGUCCAAUUAAAAAAAAAAUAUUGCUCAUAACAGAAAACUAAAC